UGAAAUUAGACACACGGCCUACUUGAUAAGAGAUGAAAUUCAACAAAAAUAAUUUAAAUCUUCCAAUCGAAACAGGCCGUGAAAAACCAUAUACAACGUUGAGACUUUCUAGAUUUCAGUAAGGUGAUGUACACUGUUGAGUUCACACGUCUUCGCUUGGGGAUUUCCGUAUACAAAAAUUUAAUUUUCCAGUUUUUUUUUCGGAACAAACAGUUGAAAUUUUCUUUUAACUUCAGGACAAGCGUUCUGUCGCUAUCGCCGAGUGUGGUUCGGUGGAAGGCGCGCACAAGAAUUGUGCGUCUCGAGUUCAGUCGUUGUUACAACUCGAGUGCGACCGAACUCGCUGCGCUAAUUAUUGAUCAAGAAAAUAAUACACGUUAUACACCAAUCAAUUUUCCAACUUGAUUUAUUACAACAAUGCCACGAACACGCAGGGGGGCUAAUUUGAGUCGUCAAACAAACAGAUCUAGAGGCAUGCAAGAUAAAAGAGCAAUAAGAUCAGAUGCAGAAAGGCAACAAAGUAAUGCAGAUGUCCGUGUAAGAAUGGCGCAGUUACGUGCAUCACAAUUACAAGAGGUACGAGAUGAGCGAAACCAACAAAGACAAUUGGAACGAAGAGAAUCGCGCAGAUUCGAGCAUUUACAUCACAUUCAUUUCUUCGACUAGCAUUUCAGUAUGAGCCUGAUGUUGAAUAUUACGCUCAUUCCAAAGUGGUAAUUGGUACAUUGGACAAGGAAUGCCCGCACUGUCAAGCCCUUAAAUUUAAAAAUGAGCCAAUUGGGAUGUGUUGCUCAUCAGGAAAAGUGAAACUUCCAGAAAUUGAAACACCGCCGGAACCAUUGCACGGCCUCCUUAUUGGUACUGAUCCAAAUUCUUCGCUGUUCUUGCGUUCAAUUCGGCAAUUCAAUUCAUGUUUUCAAAUGACAUCGUUCGGAGCAACGGAAAUAGUUAAAAAUACUGCUGCAAAUGGUCAACAAUUUUACAAAUUUACUUUAUGGGUGGCGAGGACUCCGAACGGGCACUCGCCAAUCGCGUGAAUACACGUUGCAACUAUAAUCACCUCAAUUCACCAUUUGCAACGCGCAUUGUCAGCGAGCUGGACGCUCUGUUAAAUGAGCACAACGAAUUGUUGAAAUUAUUCAAAUCACAUAUGCAUAAGCUACAAAGUGACAAUCACGCUAUUUUCAUCAAUCCUGAUAGAACACCAGCUGGAGGGCAUAUACGUCGAUUCAACGCACCUGUUGUUGACGACGUGGCUGGAAUCAUGGUUGGCGACCAUACAGCUACGCGACAAAUCGUGAUUCGAAGAAGAAAUAAUUCUCUUCAGUCCAUUCCUGAUACCCAUCGUUUAUAUGAUGCUCUCCAAUAUCCACUCAUUUUUUGGAAGGGACAAGACGGAUAUUGCAUAAACCUUAAGCAACGAGAUCCGGUAACAGCAAUAAAAUUACCAACCGCAAUUUUAAUUUUUCAAAAGCGGGCACAGCGAAGCGUGGCAGGGCAUGUGAACAUGCGCGUUCAAACGCUUCAGGAUCCAUCCGCCGAAACCUUUUCGAAACAGCUAUUAGAUAUUGGCAAUGGGAAAGUUGCCGUACAUGAAAAUACUGGAUCAAUAAAAUUACCAACCGGUUCUUGCACAAUCGUCCACUCGCAAGAUGUUCUCAUCGACUGUAUACUUCCCGAUGUACACACACAAUAUAUAAAUCUUGAGUGGCUGGCAGAAAGAGCCAUUUUAGCAGCGAAAAAUGUGGACGUUCAUGGAUUAAAUUUCAAGAUACAACAAUUGUUGCCAACAGACUCUGUGUCAUACAAAUCUGUUAAUACAGUUUGCAAUACUAUCGAAGCUGUAAAUUACCCAGUAGAAUUUUUGAAUUCCUUGGAUUUGCCAGGCAUGCCACCGCACCACUUACAAUUGAAAGUAGGAUCCCCGGUGAUUUUGCUCCGUAACUUGAACCCACCACGGCUGUGCAAUGGCACACGAUUGGUUAUUAAAAAAUUAAUGAAGAACGUGAUUGAGGCCACCAUUUUAAAUGGCAAGUUUCAAGCUAAUAGGUAACACGAAAUUCUUUGACUGUUAGGCGUUACGAAGUUCGCCGGGUUUGCUAGUAAUAUUAUAAUAAUACAUAUAUUACUAUUAUUAGGUAUUCUUUUCGUAACACUGCUGCAGAUGAUUUAUCUCAGUAAAUAAGAUUUCUAAAUGACAUUGUUAUUUAGGCACGGAACCGCACUCGAGUCCCAGGCUAUUGGUAUGUACAUAUGUACAAACAUAUGUACAUACAUAUG